ACAGAGGUCACUCGAGCGGCCAGCCUGAGCAAAAGACCUGGCCAUGUUUGCCCACAGCGUGGAUAACAGCAGCGCUCCUUUUGUUCUCCCUACCUUAUUGCUCCUGCUGCAGAACAAGAGCUACCCCGAAACCUCCACCCCUCCUGCUGGCCACAGGGUGACCGAGUCACCCACAGGACCCCCCUCAAGCAGGAACCACACUGUCUUGCAGUAUCAACUGAGGCUGGGGGAAAUCGCGGCAGCCAGCAUGGUUUUGGGAGCGUUGUGGCUGGUCUCCGUCUUUGGAAACUCCCUCGUCUGCUUAGUGAUCCACAGGAGCAGGAGGACGCAAUCCACCACCAACUAUUUUGUCGUCUCCCUGGCUUGCGCAGACCUUCUCAUCAGUGUCGCAAGCGUGCCCUUCGUGCUGCUUCAGUUUACCUAUGGCAGGUGGAUGCUGGGGAACGCGAUGUGCAAGCUGGUAAGGUACGUGCAGUACCUCGCCCCUGGCGUCCAGAUAUACGUGCUCCUCUCGAUAUGCGUGGAUCGAUUCUACACUAUCCUCUACCCCCUGAGCUUCAAAGUGUCCAGGGAGAAAGCCAAGAAAAUGAUCCUGGCCUCCUGGCUCUUUGACGCUGUAUUGGCAUCACCGGCUUUCUUUUUCUACGGCUCCAACAGCGACGACCACUGCAACUUCUUUCUCCCCAGUUCUUGGGAAGGAGCCCUCUACGGUGCCAUCCACCUCUUGGUGGUGUUUCUGAUCCCUUCCAUCCUCAUCAUCCUCUUCUACCAGAAGGUCAUCAGGUACAUUUGGAGAAUAGGCACCGAUGGCAGGACUGUCAGGAGGACAAUGAAUAUUGUCCCAAGAACAAAAGUGAAAACCAUCAAGAUGUUCUUAACGCUCAACUCGGUCUUCCUCCUGUCCUGGCUCCCUUUCUACGUGGUACAGCUGUGGCACCCGCAGGAAACAGACUACAGAAAGAGUGCCUUGCUUUUCCUGGCCGUCGCCUGGGUUUCUUUCAGCUCUUCAGCCUCCAAGCCAACCCUCUACUCCGUGUAUAAUGCCAACUUCAGAAGAGGGAUGAAAGAAACUUUUUGCAUGUCUGCCAUGAAAUGCUACAGAAGCAAUGCAUACACCAUCACCACCAGUUCCAGGAUAGCCAAAAAAAAUCACGUUGGGAUCGCAGAUAUCUCAGCUCCGGCCAAAACUGUCACCAAAGAUUCCAUCUAUGAUGCUUUUAACAGAGAAGCAAAGGAAAAAAAGCUUGCCUGGCCUAUUCAGUCCAAUCCCCCAAAUACAUUUGUCUAGUUGGCUUCAUUGCUUUGAAACAUUCCUAUGUACCCCCAGAACAAGGAGCUUUCUCUCAGUUUUGAACCAAGGUAUAUUUACGUAUUUUUAACACAACUUUUAGGGAAGAAAAAAAGAUGUUUUAUUUUAUUAAAUGCCUUGAUUUUGA